AUGAGCCAGCUUGAUUUCGAGGAGACAAAUUUGAAGAGCCUCGAUCUUUCCAUCGCCCCGCCACUCCAUGCUCAAGAGAAAGCCCAUGAUAUUCCGCUUUUCUAUCCACCAACUAUGCUAUCCGGUCCACAAUCACUAGAAAAUCUGAAGACACUGGUGGAGCAACGAAUACCGAUACAUAGUCGCGGCAUAUACCUGUGGAUCUUUUUUGGUGUCCUCUCCCCCCCGCUGAAGCUUAUUCCUAUAAUACCUAAUUUUCCGUUUUACUUCUGCGCCUGGCGAACAUGGUCUCAUGUCAAAGCCCGUCGUGCUGCCCGAUAUAUCAAGUCUCUCAUAGACAGCAAACGUGUCGUUCCGGAGGCACUGCAUGAUCUGACUGCUGUCUAUGUCGGAGCAGCUACCGAGGCGAUAACUGAACGAGAAACAUUACAGCGGGCAGUACGGUCCCUGGGAAUGUCGGCGGAUGAAGAAAAGGCGCUGUUCCAGGCACAAGAGCAAGUUGUCAAACGACGAGCAAAUGCAAAGAAGACUAAGAUAAUGUAA